AUGGCUACCGUCUCGAAUUCCGUCCGACCUCUGCUCCGACUGCGAGCCGCCCAUUCAUGCCUAUCCCGUCGCUGCGCGAGCUCUGCCACUGUAUCUGCCCGGAGCAGCUUGAAGCAAACCAACACCGUCUCUCAACCACCCGUCUCAAAGUCGAGUAGGCCGAAACCUCAAGUAUCUCUGCAGCCCCCUAAAGCCCCGAGAUCCAGCAUACCCGUACUGGAUGCAACAGAAUCGCGGCUGAACGAUCUUCCCCCUGAGCUCGCCAGGAAGCAGUGGUACGCCCAGAAGCUGUAUGAUUCUGGGCAAACAGCCAUCUACAGGCCUCCGUCGCACUUUGGAAUAUACGCAGCAUCAUGGAUCAUGGGUGGCAGUGCUGUCACCAUUGCGGGCUUUCUCGCGUAUGCGAAUCUGUGGGCGUGGGAAGGGGACACCGGCUUGCACUGGAUUGUGCCGACUGCGCACCGUUGUGGCAUCAUCGUGUUCUCAGCCAUCGGCUGGCUUAUCAUCAUGCGGUCGUUACGGAUCAUCAAGUCCAUUGAUUUGGUCUCGAUGGAUGGUAUGGUUAAGAUGGCGGUGCAAGUGCGCCGGCCUCUGCCCUUUCUACGGCCGAAAGUAUACAUGAUUGCUCCCUAUCACUUUCAGAUGGACCAGAAGUUUGUGACGCAGAUGGAAUAUCCCGAAUUCAUGAGGGACGAUGAAGAAAUGCCGGAGUCGGAAACACCUCCUUCACGGUCACUGCUAGCAAGGGUCGGGCGGUCAAUCAGUCAAGCAGUGUAUUAUCCAUUCGCCUCAACACGGAGGCUGAUGACUCUAGAAGGCUUCAUGUGGGUCAGUUUCGAGGGAGCCAGCGGCAAGAUGAAGCUGGACACACAGGGAUUGUUUUCGAAUGGUGCGAAAGAUCUUAUUGAAAUGGGAACUAUCCAACGGUGA